AUGGGUGAGGAGAAGAAGGGUAAAUUUACUUCGAAAGUGCCAGAGCCUCCCAUAGAAUUGACGGUGUGCUCAUUAAACAAUCCAUCGUCGAAUGAAGUGACAACGUCUUCUGCAAAAGCAGAAAAUACUCACCUUGCUGACAAUUCUGCAGAGACGUCUUCAACGGAUACUGGAACUAUUUCUAGAAUGGAUAACGGCGGAUCGAAAGUUCCUGUAUUAGCUGUCGGAACGUACCACCGGAAGGAGGCUGCUCCAAUUCUGGCUGCCGCUGCGAGACUUGAUCUUUCCGCCACCCCAACAACGUCUUCAACGCAACCAAUUUCUACAUUAACCAAAGACAAAAAUAAAGUAGUUUUUGCUAUCCUUGCCGCCUGUCUGGUAGUUGUAGUAGUACAAGUUGUAUGCCGUUGUACAUCGGUAUCCAAUUACGAACGAAUCAUCGCUGUCGGCACUGAAGUAGCCGACGACGCCAUCGUUAUCGGCGUCGUUCAAAAGCUACCUUUCGGAUUGGUUCUCGAUGCCGCUGUCCUCUAG